AUGAACCACGUCGACGCGCAUCUUCAUGACAACUUCGGAUUAUUGUCACCCAGCGUUUGUUUCCAUUCAAGUCGCAAUUUCAUCUUCUUCUUUCAAUCUAGAAGCACGUUCGCAACUGGGGCUUCGAUUUCAUAUCUAGGGGUGGCGCCGCACAAAUUUCUAACAUGCUCUUACAAAGUCAUAUCUCAUCCCUCACAAAGUCAAUGCGAGACCGGAGGAGGAGCACACAUGGUUUCGCUCGACUGUAAGAGCUCGACACUACUUCUUUCAACUGUGACUCGCUCCUCUCCAUUAUCAACUAGCCGCAACGGGCCAACAGUACGUUCGUAA